AUGAAAAAGAAACAAGCUGUUCAUUACAGGCAUAUAAAGCGUUACGACAUUUUGACUAUAGGCGGCAAAAAAAAACUAAUUGCGCCUAUGAAGGAGGAUGGAGAAAUAAGGUAUUACAUUUGUUACGAGGACUUAUUCAACAUUCUCGAAAAAACGCGUGUUGCUGUUUGCCACAGUGGAAGGACACGGAUGCUUAAGGAAUGUAACCGCAAGUAUAAGAAUGUAACAGUUGAGGCUACUAUGACAUAUUUGAAGCUAUGUCAACGUUGCCAAAAGAAACAGAAGACUUUGAAAAAGGGCAUUGUCAUCAGACUUAUACUUCAUAGUGAAAUGAGCUCACGCUGUCAGGUUGAUCUAAUAGAUCUACAAACUACCCCAGAUGGAAAUUAUAAAUUUAUUUUAGUUUACCAAAACCAUCUUACCAAAUUUGUGAUCCUUCAUGCGCUUCAAACUAAACGCGCCGUAGAAGUUGCAUACCAUCUUUUGGAUAUUUUCACCACUUUUGGAGCGCCGAGCAUCCUUCAUUCCGAUAAUGGUCGAGAAUUCUCUAACCAAGUUAUUGAGAGUUUAUGCUCCAUGUGGGCGGAUGUAAAAAUCGUACAUGGAAAGGCAAGACAUAGCCAAAGUCAAGGAUCAGUGGAGCGUGCUAAUCAAGACAUAGAAAAUAUGUUUAUGUGGACUGAAACCAAUCAGUUAUCAAAGUGGUCAGAAGGUUAA